AUGACAGAAAGACUGGGUAAGUUAAACUUUAACAAAAUUAAACUUCUCUAUCGAUUCUUGACUGUGUUCUCUUCAUGCAGAUAUCUAAUAAGGCCAUCUCUAAAUCCAGUUCAGAAUUCCUAAAAGAUGAAACCAGUCUGCCUGGAAAAACUCUGUGGUUUUGGGAGGUUGGGAAAAAAAUAUUUGUGUCCGUUUACAACGUAGAGGUUUAAAAGGGGUGUAUUACUAUAUUACUAUUAUUAUGAUACAAGAGAAAUGUAUUUAAGCAUGGUAAAGAAUUUCAUAUAUGAACAAUAAUGACAGUUUUAAAAUUUGCUGAUUAUCAUUUGAAAUAUUUUUUCUAGGCUUCCGUUUUCCAACCAAUCGAUUUGACAAAGAAACUCGACAAACAAUUAAUUCGGAGCUACCUCUAGCAGAAAACAAAACAAGUCAUGUUCAAUACCUCGUAUAUGAACCCACUGAGUCGACAUCUCUUACUCAACCAAUCGAAUCACUUGACCCUACGCACGCAGUUUUCCCAACGUACGGCACUUACGAAGAGAUGCUUGAGGACGAUACGCAUGCGUCAAACAACAGAAAGUUUCCAGAGUACUCCACGAGCCCUUAUCAAGGUAUCAGAAAACCGUUGGCAACAAACGUGCUCAAAAAAUCACAAAACCCAAACUGCCGAAGAAGGCUUCUCACUUCCAGCGAUUGCGCAGACGUGGUUAAGCAUUUUGGCAAAUACGGGAGCAUGAAAGCUGGGCAGUGCAAUACAAACAAUACCAUUACAAUAUGCACUGUAUCAGAAGACAAAAAUUAUAAGAGAGAGGAAAUCAAAGUUUCCUGUGAUGCUAGCCCUUGUAAAAACAAACGAAUUUCUCUUGGGCUCUUUAGGGACACAACUGGGGAAAUUAAAUGGCAGUUAGUUAGAAACUUAAAUCGCUUAAGUACACUUCUCAAAAAUCAUGUAAUGUCUUCGGAAUUUGCACCUGGUUUUGCAUUAUUAAAAUGUGAAGAUGGACAAGGUAUUCAAGUUCUAAGCUUCCCCAAAGUUUUGGAUCGCAUGGAAGCAGUACAAAAGCACGAAAAAAGAAGACGUUUUAAUAUCAAUAUUGUACUUGAAGAUUCCUUAUCACGUGCACAUUUUUAUAGAACUCUUUUAAAAACUGCAUCAACUUUUAGAGAUAUUAUUUAUAACCAAUCAAUACCAUCAACUUUGCUGGAAUUUGAGAAAGUCCAAAGCCAUCUGCCGAACACAUAUAACACCCUUCAGAGACUGUUUACAGCUCAAAAGUACUGGAAGACCAAAACGAACUGUGAUAAUUCGGUCAAGAAAUUUCUUCCGAAUGAUACCGAAUAUACUUGUACAUUUGGGGUUGAGGAAAUGUUCAGUCGGUAUAAAAAGGCCGGAUAUAGUACCCUACUUCAAGAAGACCGUUGUUGGUACGAUGAGUGGGGUUCGUUGCUUGAUCCGCGCAAAAAAUUAGCUCUUGUCAAAGACGAAAAAGCACGGCUGAGCAGAUGGAAAGAUUAUGUUGGAAUUUUGGAAAAAUCAGGACGCUGGAAAGAGGUUGAUGACUACGGUAUGUCAAUAUUAUCAUGCGAUGUUUAUAAAAACUAUAACAAGACGAAUUCGUUUAGUUCUAAAGCUGUCCCAAACGUGUGCUUCGCAGGACGACAUUAUGGGUCCUUUAUUUUGGAGUAUGUGAAAGAGUACACAGAGCUUAACGAUAUGGCAGCACAGCCAUUUUUAGCCUAUACACAUUUGUUAACCUCACACGAUACUAAUGGUAGACGCAUAGUCAACGACGAUGAAAGUCUAGCAGAUUUGUUUCACCAUGCAGCACAUUUGCGCAACACUGUGACCAUAUUUAUAUCAGACCACGGAGGAAGAGCGACCGAUUUUGCAGCCUAUACAACACAAGGUCGGGAAGAGGCGAAUCAACCUUUAUUAUUUAUCAUCAUUCCACACGAAAUCAGCGAGUUCCUUGGUCCAGAAGUUAUGAAUGCUUUGGUGGUGAACCAGAAUCGAUUGGUAGGACAUGAAGACCUUCAUCAUUCACUGGUAUCAAUAUUAGACACGGAUCCAAAUAUUUGGGGUACUCACACAGAGGACCCUCCAAAAAACCGGGUUCUUCACGCAGAUCCUAAUGGGCAUCACAGAAACCCUAAUGUAGGGGUGAUACCAACGCGUCUGCGUGGGUUAUUUAAACCAGUGCCCUUAGAUCGAACAUGCGAGCAAAUGACCAUAAGAUGGGAUGUGUUAUGUUUGUGCGAGGGUAUGGAUACAACUGUGCCCAACGAUUCUGAGAUAGUCCAAUGGGCAGCUGAAUUUGCUUUGGGGACUUUGAAUAACAGAAUUCAAGAGCAGUAUACCACAGCUUUGAGGUCGAAGCCAGGAGGAGCGCUUACGUCAGGUUUCUAUGGUUACGGUGCAUGUCAGCGGUAUACAGGAACGGGAAUUACGCGCGCCCGGCACAUUGUUGUCGAGCUAGAGCAAAAGUUAAUUUUCACUUUGUUGGUGAAGCCUUUCAAUACAAAAACUGUGGAAAUUUUUGACUUCGAAGUGUCGUUCCCUAUGAAAGAAAAUGUGAACGGUAUAACGUUAAAUUACCUAGUUCGUAUUAGCCAAUUUAAUAAAUACGAGAAAUGCACGGAUGAAGGUGUCGACCCAACGCUAUGCGCAUGUCAUGCCGAUCAACGAAACAACACACUAUGGAGGAAUGAGUUCUACUUAAAAACAGCCUCACAGGAGAAUUUCAAGCUCAAACCGCGAAGGCAGAUAUUAGAUCGGCCAUGUUUAACGAUCAUAUCUCGCGUUCGAAGGCUUGGUGCCAGAACGAAUUGGAGGAGUGUGAUUAAGACCUACGAAGCAGUCAACGCAUGCCCAGAUGUCAUGUAUAAACUUAUUAUUGCUUUCAAAAUGACGCAGAAUACGCGAGUCUCGCUCAAAUAUCCUGAAUCCGUGACCCUACUGCCUAGAACAGUGACGUUUCUAUUGACUGCUACUAGUCACAAGCAAUUAGAAUUAUUUAUUCCAACAUUUAAGUUCAAGAAGAGUAGAUGGAGAAACUAA